UUUGUUGUGCCCAUCCACCUUAGAGACCACACCUACUCCAAGAGCAGGAGAACCUCUGCACGCCAGGCAGAGACCGCAGGGAGCCACAGACUCGGCCCCAAUUGUCCAUGCUGCAGGGACUCUGAGAAUUCCAUCCCCCAGCCCCAGUGCUCUGCUGCCACCUCCAGACUUCCCAAGAAGAGGAAGAGGAGCUCCGAGCCCCAUCCUGCCGAACCUUCUGCUCAAGCCCCAGGGAAGGUGGAUCCCAUCCAGAGGCCUCGGUCUCCCAUUUCACCUGCUGACCUGCCACUAGUCUCCACUCUGCCACCCAGCCCUCUACCCUCUACUGCUAUUACUCAGCCCACCUCCACUGCUGUAUACCCUGGCAGUCCUGUGAAGAUACAUAACUACUCAGUUGAAGAGUAUCAGAAGAUCUAUCACGAGGUCGUUGAUGAUAUGCUCCGGUACAAGAGUGGCAGGGCUCGUCCAUACAGUUUGGAGCUCGGACGUUGCAUCAAACAAAAGCUCUGGGACAGACUAAAUUGUCCCAUGUUUUCAACGUCGGCUAACGAAGAUGGACCCACGCAUGUGAACGUGUCAUACGGGGCUGGAAUCUAUCCUCCUCAUUAUAAUGUUGACACUUCUGGAGAACCAGAACCUGGAAGGGCACCACAUAAAAAAGCUAAGAACUAAAACUACACUCAGUUCUUAGUUUAAAGACUGUGAACAAUGAAAUACAUUGGAACAGUCAACUGUAAAUAGUUCAUGUAUAAUAGUUAA